AGUACGUCGCGAUCGCGCACGUCGUACUUCUCGAUUAUUAAUGUGUGCAUGAAAUCCUUCGCCGCGCUUGAACUUCAAGUUAACAAGUGGAAACCCUAGGCCUUUCGCGUGUGUCAGUUCAGUUUUGUGUCUUUCGACGAACCAGAACCGGGGAAGAAGCAGUAACGCACCGGGGCAAAACACCGACGGUAAGCACUAGUGCAACAAUGUGUCAACAGUGAGAGUGUCGUGAGCCUGUCAAGGUACGUGUGUGAAAGGCGGCACCCACACAUGUAUGUACAAUGUAUUCAUACCUGAUGCUAUGACUGCACUGUGUGCACACUUGCCCUGAUCCCUGCACAUGCUGCCAGGGAGGGGGGAAGCCAGGCAGGAAUGGGUUCCACUUGCUCCUUCGGGUCUGCUGCCGUCCAAGAUCAAGAAGAGGAGGUCGUCAGGUGGAGAGGCCAUGUGCUCUACGGCAACGGUCUUGAUGGCUCCUCGCCGACCCUCAGCCGCAAGUCCUCUCGCCAGCGCCAGCUCUCUGCUGACAUCAAGGCCAUGUACACCAGCCGCAACACCGUCACCCUGACACUCCUGCACUUCAACGACGUGUACAACGUGGAGCCCCGGGAGUGGGAACCGGUGGGCGGGGCGGCCCGCUUUGCCACGGUUGUCAAGGGUUUCCUCGACGAAAGCCCUCUUGUCUUCUUCAGUGGCGAUGCACUCAACCCAUCCAUCUUGAGCAAUGUGACUCGAGGCCAGCACAUGGUCCCCAUCCUGAAUGCACUGAAGGUGAACACGGCAGUGUAUGGCAACCACGACUUUGACUUUGGAGUUGAUGAGCUGGAGGACAUUGUGCGGGAUACCAACUUCCCCUGGAUGAUCAGCAAUGUCAUUGACAACUUCACCGGUCAACCGCUGGCAGACGGCCUGGUCACACGGACUGUCACCUGUCAGGGGAAGAAGAUUGGUCUGAUCGGUCUUGUGGAAGAGGAGUGGCUAGUUACCUUGGCGACCAUUGACAGAGAAGACCUGACCUACCUGGAUUUUGUGGAGCAAGGUGCCAAACUUGCCCAAGAGCUGAAACAACAGGGGAUGGACUACGUGAUCGCCUUGACUCACAUGAGGAUGCCGAACGAUGUCCGACUGGCUGAGAAUGUAGACGACAUUGAUCUGAUCCUGGGAGGUCACGACCAUGAUUAUGAAGUGAUGGAGGUUAAUGGGAAAUACAUUGUGAAGAGUGGCACAGACUUCAGGACCCUGUCUCGCCUAGAGCUGACCUUCACUGAUUUUUACCAAACCAGCGUUGAGGUGGAGCGAAUUGAUAUCACGUCAGAGAUCCCUGAGGACGAAGAGGUGAAGGAGAUAGUCGGCACUUACCAGAAGAUUCUUGGCAAGGAGUUGGAAGGAACACUAGGCAACAUUGAAGUGGACUUGGAUGCCAGAUUUGCUUCAAUUCGAACCCAGGAAACAAACCUAGGGAAUUUUGUGACCGACAUCAUGCUAGCCACCUCUAGCGCUGAUGUAGCAUUGCUGAAUUCGGGGACGUUUCGAUCAGAUAUGGUCCACCCAGCUGGGAACUUCAAGAAGAAAGACCUAAUGUGCCUUCUGCCAAUAGUGGACUCGUUGAUUGUGCUUCAACUCACAGGCAUGCAGUUGUGGCAAGCUCUGGAGAACGGUGUCUCCCAACACCCCAAGAAGGACGGCCGCUUCCCCCAAGUGGGUGGCAUGAAGUUUGGCUUCGACCCCGACGCCCCACCCGGGUGUAGGGUAGAUCCAUACUCCAUCAGCGUCGGGGGACAACCACUUUCCCCGAGUAAGGUGUACAGGUUGUGUACCAAGGACUAUGUAGCAGAAGGCAAAGAUGGCUAUGACGUCCUCAGAACCUGUAAGCACUUGUCCUCGGUGGAGGAAGGACCUGUCCUCUCCACCAUCGUACAGAAUCACUUCCUGUCUGUCCGCAUCGUUAAGGGCCUCAAGCCAUGUCGGUCAGGGCACAGACAGAGUCUCAUCAGCCUCAAUAGACGGCACAGUCUGAUGCGCCAAGCCAGCCUGGACAUGGCCGAGAGGGCGCAGUGCAUCAUCGCGCCCCACGUAGAGGGGCGCAUCUUCCACCUCACCCAGGAAGAGCGCCACCGCCUGGAGGACCACCAGUCACAGUUCUUGCAGGCGUACAAAGACGAGCUCGAGAUCCGGCUGACGGACACCAACAACACUCACAUACACCAUACCGCCACUUCCACCUACCAUCGCACCCUGACCACACCCAUCCCCGAGGUUGUCAUCUCCAACACAACCCCAGACAGUCUUGUCGAGGAUGAAGAUGAGAUAGCCACACCUUCCUCCUCAUUUGUUGCUAUCUACGACGACGAUGAGAUGAGAUGCAUGUGGACAGCUGUAAAGCAAGAUGAUGUGCAAGAGGUGCAAAGGUUACACCAAGAGCAGUACGUCAACCUGAAUUUCAUGUAUGAGCAGACGUCCGCCCUUCACGUGGCCGCAGAGCACAGUUCAUUAAGAGUGGCAGGGUACCUGCUGCAGGAAGCCAAGAUGGACCCGGACAUCAGAGAAGCCCAAUUCAAGAAUACCCCAUUGAUGAUCGCUGCCAUGAAGGGUGAUGUAGCAAUGGCGGAGCUUCUGAUUUGCAAUGCAGCAUCUCUGGAUGCCAUCAACCAGGAGGGAAAAUGUGCCAAAGAGUUCUUGUCCGAGGUAUCCUCAAGUCAGUUGGCGAGCCUUCUCACCGCUCCAGGUGAUGCCAGUGAGGACACAGCGGCCUCGAAGAACGGAGCGGUGCUGUAAGUGCAGGCCAGUCAAUGAGCUUUUGAACUCUUUGCGCUAGGACAGUCCAAGAGGAUGCAGGGGUGAUCUGCAACAAUCUAGUCGGACCAAACAACCAGGAAAAGUGGAAGUCUCCCGAACUUGUCAGAGUCAGUUGAUGACCCCUCUAAUUCUCCAGGGCAACCUUGAGCAUCCCAACAACUAGGAAAAGAUGGAGCUGUGCUGUUGGUAUUAUUUUCCUGAAUAAUAUUCAAGUUAGCUGAUCGACCCUGUAUCUGGCAAGGAUAAACUUCAUAGGCAACCCCCCCCCACACUUCAGCAAAACAGGUGGAAAGUUUUUGAUGUUCCAUUGGUUGAGAGAUAUAAAGCUAUUGAAACAACACGGGAAAAUAUCAGUUUCAAUGUCUGUCAGGAACAUUUUGUGCACGUAAUGCCAAAAGAAAAACAGUCUGAGAAUAUGGAACGGAAAACUGGUUGAUUCUGUUUUCUUCGAAAAGGAUUACCAGUUGUGUCUUAGACACAAUAUUAGACAAGACAAACGUAUGUACGCUAUUGCCACUGAAUGGUUGCUCGGAAGAUGUUUUGAGACAUUUUGGGGCCCUUUUCAAUUCCUUUUUCCUAAAGAGAUCUUUAAUAUUCACAAGAUGUUCCUUCAGAUUUUACAGGGUUUUGCCCUUGCAUUAAAGGGCAAGCAUUUUCAUUAAAGAGGCUUCAAACUUACAACUUGGGUUUGUUUUACAGUGGACUUUGAAUUUAGUUCCCAAAAUCAAAGUUUCGGGGUAUUUUGACGCAAGGUAUCUGUGUCGUCAGGAUUCAUUGUACAUGCACCAUUGAAAGCCUUUUGUUCAAUACAGUGAACCACCAAGAGGUUGCCACAGAAAGGCCAAUUUUGGCAGUGUAUUGUGGAAAAUGGUAGACAAGUUCUAUUCACCAGCUGCUGUGUGGGGAACUUGGUUCCUGUUUUUCAUGGAAGGAAAUAAAUCUUUCUCCUAUUGCAUGAAAUGUCCCAAUCUGUCAAUAAUUUCCCCAAGGUGUCCACUGACAUGCAAAUCGCAACAAGGCGGCUAUGCUUUUGUUAACCGUAAACUUGAUAAAAUCGCCUCUCCCUGGUAAUCUGUUGAUAGAGCACUGUAUUGUGGAUUGUCCCUUUUGUGAGGUGACAAAGGGAUUGGAGACAGCAUCAACAUAUGGUAGGUAACCUGUUUUGUAUAACUGUGAUGGAGAGUUGCACAUCAUUUCAUUGUUGCGGCUACUUUUUGUGCAUUGCUUAAAAUAGACCCAUGGUAAAACAAUGACAGCAUGCUUUGCUUACAAUGUACGCUUUCCUAUGGGGGCUCAAUGGAUCGCGUCCCACCUUUCUGCUACAGGAAAGCACGCAUGUAAACAAACCAUGACGUCAUUAUUUUACAAAUCUAUUGACUUUUUAAAUUUUUUUAAAAUUUAUUUUUUACCCAUUCUGUGGUUGGCCCACUGAGGCUUCUUUUAGGCUUUUUGCAUGUUCAGCAUAUACCAUUUGAACUGUUAGUAUUCCUAUAUUUCAGCAAUAAGAUAUUAUGGUUUCAUAAGCAGCUCAGCCAAUGCCUGGCUACUGUAUUCAAGAAGAUUUUUAUGACUUGUAAGCUGUUUAAAAGUGGAUUUUUAAAAUGUAUUCUUUGAACGAUUUCCCUUUUAUGUUUUAUCUUGCUGUUAUCAUUUCAUGACAUUUUGUACAUGCAUGUUUAUAUUAUACACCAAUUACAUGUACAACUACAUCUACUGUAUAGUGGUUGCACUGUUUCUGUCACUUUAACUCACUCUAACCAAAUUAAGAAAUGACAAGUGUCAUAUUUUCAUUCAUAUUUUUAUCCUGCAUUCUCCAGGUACGCCGGGACAGUAUAGAAUGGCCACGUUUCAAAACAGUAUUUUUUGUACUUUCAGUAGUGGUGCUUUCAGUGUGAACAUUUCAGUGUGAACAGUGUGAACUUCACCGUGCCAAAGCCACUUCUGGCGUCCACAGCAGGCUGGAGAUUUUCAACACGGUCAAUGAUUAAUGUGCUGUUGUAAUGGGGGAAAAUUAUGGCGACCUGGCUUGCACUUUGACAUCAGUUGUGCAUGUACAGUAGGGUUGUGGAAGAACACAUUUUCAUGUAAUUGAUUGUCUGUGCGUUAUGAAUUGGAAUUGAGGUGUUACUAUUCUGAACAGUAAGGAGAUUACAAUUAUCGUUGCAUAUUGGUUGCCAGAUUGUGGAUGUGUUGGCUGUACUGUAAGGUACAUGUAUCAAGAAAAAUGUAUUCUGUGGGAAUGUCGUUUGUUAUUGUUCAAUUAUUCCCCGUGUUUCGUUGAUACAGACGUUUUUUUCUUCUGGAAUGUGUUUUAGAGACAAUUUGAACCUUGCAGAUGUUUCCAAAAAGAGUUAUCCAUGUAUGUGGAACAUUCCAACUCAAUUGAAACUCAAACUGUAACUAGUUGCGACCAAAUACUGGUACUUUCCGGUAUGACAAUUGAAUGUCACAUUUUAUGCCAUUCCGUCCAGAAACUUUUGCAAGAACAUUGACUCAAGUACUUACUGAACAUUGUGUGUGAAGAUGUCAAAUUCUGUGUACUUUCAUUCAAAACUACACGUAUUAACGCAACUGCUGAACUGUUUAUCACCCCAAGAAAAUGGUUGCUGUAACUCUUCUUGUUAAUGUCAAGGUACUAGAAUUUGCAUUUUACAAUUUGAUAGUCUUUUUUUUUCCAGAGCAGCUGUUCAAGAGGGUGAAAUUGGUAGCUUUUACAAGUAUUUCAAGAAAAAAUCUUGCACAGCUGUUCAGGCAAGCAUGUUUGAAAUAUUUGCAAGUGCAUUUAUUUAUCAAAAUAUGAUAUUAUUUAUUCCAACCUGUACAGUGAAUUUCUUUUUAGCUGUUGAUAUACAGAGGCUUACUUAUAUUUUAAAAGGAAAAACAGAGUUAUACCAGUAAUUGCAUGUAUUUUGUGCAAAAUAAAAAUGUUAACUGGGUUUAAUAACGUUCUAA